AUGGAAAAUAUUAAACAUGCUGCUAAUGCUGUUGGAGAUAAAAUGCAUGAAAUGAAGAGUAGAUCAUCAGCAGAAUAUAACAAAGAAAAAGCAAAAGAUUCUAGCAAUACUAUCGGCGAACGUAUUGGUGCUGGUAUUGAUUAUUGUAAAGAUAAAGCUGAAGAAGUUGGUCAUGCUGCUUCAAAAGAAAUCAAUAAACAAAAAGCUAUACAUUAG